AUGCAUGUAACGAACCAUUUACUAUUUGUGGAUGAUCUCAAGCUCCUUGCUGCCGACGAGGAUAUCAUGAAAGCUAUGGCCGAAGAAGUAGAACUCUUGGAAGGAACUCAAGGGUAUAAAUACCUUGGCAUAAUGGAGAACAGGACCAGCGCUCCGACUCGAGAAAACUACGAUAAAGUGCGAGCAGAGAUUUUGGAGAGAAUUGAACGACUAGCCAAAUGA